AGGCCAUCGAAUCGCGACUCAGCGUGCACGCUGGCGGAGGACCUGGGCGAUGCCUGGCCAAUGGGCCGUGCUGUGCCAGCCUGGUCAAUUCACCGCCGCCACGCGCUCUGUGCCCUUCAUCACGUCCCGUCUCCUGCCGUGGCACAGCUGAAACAAGGUCAAAUGUCGGAAAAACGUGGAGAGCUUCCUGAGGCCUGUCGCCGCAUGGGGUCCCAGAGGUCGCCCUCUGCUCCGCCUCCGACGUGCUCCAGGGGGACGCCGGGCGGCUCCGGGGCACCCUGCGGGCCCUGCUGCACCCGGAGCCGCGAGGAGAGCCCUGCCGCUGCCCACGCCGCGCCCGCCCUGCCCGGGCCCCUCGCCGGCUUCGCCCUCUUCUAUGUCUCCGUGAUGUCGCUGCUUUUCCUGGCCUACUGCAAGCUCUGGGGCUUCUGAGGAGUGUGGGGGCCCCCGGCCCUGCCUAGUGCCUUAGAGCGACCCACGGCGGGCUGUGGGGCUGGCUCCGUCCUCUCCCUCUGGGGCCUGGUGGAUUCUGGGGGUUCUCCAGCCCCCGGCUGCCUUCAAACCCGCCUCCUCCUACGGAGUCCUGCUGUGGGUCCUGGAGCCCCGGUGUGGGCCCUGCUUGGGGCGUGAGCCAGUCCCAUUCUCCAGCUCCCCAGUGCCUCCCAGUGGCCACGGGCUGCCCUGCGGCCAGCUCGGUUCGGUUGCCUUAACGCGGUUAAAUUAUACGGCUCUGUAGUUGAUAUAUAUAUUGGAAGGCCGAGCCUGGCCGCCGGGCCCGGCGUGUACAAACAUGUAAAUAGCGUGUGGACCUUUGCCCCCAGGGGUGGACUCGGGCGGGUCCUUCUCUCUUGGCGAUUUCCUGUUGUACGUGUGCCUCCCCUCCCCCGGCCGCUUUCGGUGUGUCCCGGCCACCACGUGUGUGUCCUGCCCCCCGUGCUGUCGCGUUCGCCGAGAAAUGCAGCGCUCCAACCCACCGUGUGGCUUUUGUCUUGGUUUGCGUUGGCUUGUCUGUGCUUUGGCGCGGCUGGGCGGGUGCCCGCUGGCCCCGGUGGGACUAGGGUGGGGGGCAGUUCACUGGCGCUGCCAGAACGGGACCCCAAUGGUCGGCCUCGCACAGGACUCGCUGGAACGGCUCGCUUCAAGGGGGCCCAUCUGGCCCGGCGUCCCGGCUGCUCUAAAACCUCCCUCCGUGAGCGGUGGGUGUCUUCCGCCAGCGCCCUCCGGUGGUGGAGGUCCAGGCAGCUGCCUCCCCACCCCCUCUAACGUCUCCUCUCUCCUCCCAGGAAGCCCUGUGCCAGCCCCAGCACGUCCUGGACGAGGAGAGCCUGGCGCCGCUGGCCCGGACCCUCCAGGCCCUGCUGACUGUGCUCCAGCCCCCAAGGAAGCCAACGCCCCCCGAGGGCACCUCCAGCAAGAUCUAAGGGGCGGGGCCCUGACGCUAACGGCACGGCCGAAGGGCCAGGGACUGGAACUGCCGGGCCCGGUGGGGGCUGGACAAUGCUGAACGUUCCCCCACAUGGGGCACUGGGGGGCCCGGCUCAUUCCCAAGCAGAUGGUACAGCAAGGGGCCCUGCCCCCCACCGCCUAGCGAGAGCUGGGCGCCCUUUGGUGGCAGCGGUGGGAUCCUCAGCCCAAGCCCAGCUCCCGUUGCUCAACCCCCACAGUCUACUCCAGCGUCUGUGUCAUGGGGCAGCCUGGUAGCCACGUGAGCCCCCUUGGGCUAGGCUGGGGGUGGGGGGGAGGUAGUGAGCAGCUGUGGGGUAAGGAUUGAGAGGGGGGGUUGAUUUUAUUUCCCUGCAGGGAGGAAAUCGGGACCCAGCACCAGCUGCUCCCCCCUCUGGCAGUGACGGGCUUGGGGUCGCUGGCCUGGGGUGUCACAGGGCAGCCGCUGGUCGUGGGACACGGGGGCUCAGAGAGCCCCCCAUUUCCUCAGUGCCCCCUCCCCCACGUUUCCUGGGCCCAGGGGGUCAGAUUGCCCUGACCAAGCCACGGCUGGAGCUGUGCCCGGCAUGGGACAGUGCCCCCCCAAGCUGCACCCCAUGGCGCCAGCAGCCCCUGCCCCCCAUGCCCCAUGGGGCCUGGGGUGUUGUGCCCUCUAGUGGAAUAAAGAGGUAAAUGAACCACC